CGGAACUCAGCACGGAUCCACCAUCGGCCGAGUUUUCACGAAGAGUCCUUAGUGCUUCUUCACUUGAUCAAUAGCAUAGUGCACAACAGCUACAAUGCCUGCAGCUGAUUUUGUCAAGGAAAUCCAGGCCCGCAAGUUGAAACCGGUCCAGGACAGGCUGAAGAAGGAAAAGGCAUCGCAGAAGUAUACGCCAGACCCAAAGAAGCCUGGCGAGUACCACUCGCUCUUACACGUAGCAGCAGCGACUGGGGAUGUGCCCAUUCUCGACGCGCUGCUUGCCGCAGCCGCCGAUGUGACAGCUGUAGAUCAGGACAACAACACCGCGCUCCACUGGGCCUGCCGGAGUGAUGCGGGCGCCAAGACAGUCGAGGCGCUGCUGAAGAAGAAGGCUAAGCUGGAUGCGGUGAACAAGGCAGGCCUGACGCCGCUGGCGGUGGCGGCGGCGGCGGGCGCGGGCGCGGUGGUGGAUGUGCUACUCAAGGCAGGCGCCAAAGCUGACUUUGCGCCGGCGGGCGGCCCCACGCCCCUACACGCGGCCAUUGCCGCAACUUGCGGCGGUGGAGCCGCCAGCACCACCACCGGGGUGGAGGGCAGCCCGGCCGCCGCCUCCGCCUCGGCCUCUGGUUCGGGGUGUCUGAAGCCGUCGCUCAUGUUGGCAGUGGUAGACAAGCUGGUGGCGGCGGGGGCACCACUGGCCGGCAAGGACGCGGGCGGCCGCACUCCCCUGAUGGUGCUGGUGGGCGCGGGCCGGGUGGCGGAGGCGCUGCAGCUGAUGGAGCGGCCCGGCGUGGGGCUGGACGAGCAGGACGCCUCCGGGCUGAGUGUGCUGCAGCGCGAGGUGGCGGGCGGCCCCGGGUCGGCCGGGUCACAUGCGGCCCCCCCGCCGCCGCACAUGGACCUGGUGCGGGGCCUGGUGGGCAAGGGUGCCAGCGCCGACCUGCAGGACCCGGGCAGCAAGGACACGCCGCUGCACGUGGCGGCGCGGCGGGGUGAUGCGGCGCUGGUGGCGGCGCUGCUGCCGGCGGUGAAGAAGCACUACGCCCGCAAUGGCGCCAAGCUGACGGCGGCAGAGGUGGCGUUGCUGGAGGCACCGGCGGCGCCGGCGGAGGGGCCGGCGGCGGCAGCAGGGGGCGGCGCCGCCAUUGCGGAGGCCAUUGUGGCUGCGGGCGGCGAGCCGGGGGAGGCUGGGAUGGGGCUGAUGCGGGCGGCGGUGGAGAGGAAGGCCGACGGACUGGCAGCCAAGCUGGUGCCGUUGCUCAAGCCGGCGGUGUUCACGUCCCUGGAUCUUGACUUCACGCGGCUUGUGGCGGCGGGGCUGGGCAAGGCCGCCAUGGCCUACGUGGCGCGCUUCGAGCCCGAGCACGCCGCCGCGGACUGUGUGGUGGAUGAGGCCAGCGGCAACAGCCACCUACACCUGGUGGCGGAGGCAGGGGCGGCGGCGGAGGUGGUGUCGGCGCUACUGUCUCUGGGCCUGUCGCCCAACGUGGUGAACAAGGAAGGCGACACGCCGCUGCACCUGGCGGCGCGAGGGGGGCACAUUGAGGCCUGCAGAGCGCUUGUGGCGGGCGGCGCGGACUUGCUCCGCCGCAACAACAAGAACCGCACCCCCAAGACCCAGCUCAAGCUGCCGGAGGCCGCCAAGGCGUACCUGGAGGUGGCGGAGGAGGAGUUCAAGGCCGCCAAGGAGGCGAAGAAGUCGGCGCUGUGGGACGACAAGAUGAAGGGCACGCAGACGGAGAGCGCGUUUGGGGUGCGCGUCAUGUGAUCGGUGAGGAGGACUGGAGGAGGACGAGGAGGAGGAGCAGGAGGAGGGUGGCGAUGCGUGCCGCAAGCGAAGCGAUGAGGUCAUGAGGGGCACUGAGAAAGCGUGCGUGCGGCGUGCGGGUGCGUGUGGUGUUGGUUCGAUUUAAAUCCAGCGAAAGGAACAACAGACGCAUAGCGCGAUGCAGUCCACGACGAGCCGCAUGGUGGAACGGCGGGAUGAUAGACAGCGUGUGGAAUGCAGGGGAGGAGUUAGGGGCGGGUGGAAGCGUGUGGAAUGCAGGGGAGGAGUUAGGGGCUGGGGUGUCGCGGCUGUUGUUUAAAUGCGAGGACGCGAGGGCAGGCAGCCGCACUGCCGCAGCAAUCCCGCACGCUUCGACCCGUAGUCAAGGGCGUGCUGGCAAGAUCGGCAGGGCGCACGCAUAUGUCCCGGUUUGCAACGUUAUUGUGUGUUUAGUUGCCUACCGUAAGAAUCAGAGGAGAUGCCGUACAGUCUGAGCGUGUGAGAUUCAGGACUGCGGCAGCCAUAUCAAGGGCGGUGGCAGGGGUCGUAUCUUGUUUUCGGGGUGAUGUCUAGCUCCAGACAAAAACGGCCGGGUGGCCGCCGUCUUUUGUCACGGCACAUGGCGGUUUGGUGGCUUCUCCAUAGGCAUUCGGACAAAACCCGCCCCAAAACCGGGCGGACAAUGUCUUGCCUCAGACAUUAGUCCCCGGGAGGAAUGUCUAGGAAACGGCCAAAAUGGCCAAUUAAUGUCUGGAGACAUUAAGAUA